UGUCGUGGACGUGUUCAGUUGGAGACUGCUACAAUAUUAGAGGGAACAAUGGAGGCUUUAGGAGACCGUCUGAAGCUUAUGGUGAAAACUGUCAGGAGAGAGUGCCACAGGGUUUUACAGUCCGAGAGGACCACCAUUCAUGGAGCUGAUGGCAUGCUGAUGGUGCUGCAGCUGGCCAUUGCAGAAGUGAACAAGCAGCAUGGUAGAGAGUUCAAAGUGGCUCUGAGUGAUGUCCUGAUGGCCUGGAAACACUUACUGUUAGGCAAACUCCACCUGCCACCCCCCAACUCUGCACGCUUGGAGAACUAUGAUCUCAUCCUGGAGGCAUACGAAUCCUUCCUGAAACGCUCCAACACCGUGGACCUGGUUGAUAUCCUCUUCAUGUACAAACAGCUGAGGAUCGUAGACUCCGAUCCAGAAGAGCUCGUGAGCCCGACCCAGCUGUUUGAGCUCCUAUCAGGAAACAUGGAGGUCUCAGAGUUGCCAGACUCCUCAGUCCCGUCAACGCCAUCUAGUAAAGACAGGCCAUGCAGCUCACAGAUGAAAAUGGCAGUCAGACGGGUUUUCUGCUCCUAUCUGAAUCUGCUUGUCAACACCAAGAAUGACAUGGCCUUGGCACUAACCCUUGACGUCCCCAGUCGCACACUUGGACGACAGGCAUUCACCGACAUCAAGCACGCUGCACAUAACAGCAACACUUCUCUCUUCUUGGCUGUGACAUCUUUUGUGAGGGCCAUCCAGCUCGGAGGGAAGGGCUACGCUCCAGCUGAGUCUGACCCACUGAGGAAACAUGUCAAAGGCCUGUCUGACUUUGUCCAGUUUCUAGACAACCUGGAAGAAAUACUGGGGGAGAUUCCUGACCCAAGUGCAUGUGGAGCCAGGCUGGUGACCGCCAUCAGGGCAGUGCUGGUGAAGGGACGCAGCAGUGGAGAUGAGUUUUACGCUGCCGCCGAAGAGACGACAAAGGAGCUGAAGGAGAGGAUCUGCCAGAUACACCAGAUCCAGAAACAGGCUGCUAACGGAAGCGGGACGGGGAUAAGCCCUGCCAGGCCAAAAGCGUACGCAGUGAAUCAUGCCACGGCGUACGGAGGUCGGGACACUGUGAAGGUGCUGAUGACGCUGCUGGACGAAGAAGCCCUGACUCCUCCGUGUCAGAACAAGGCGGACCUGCUGUCUGAGGAGCAGCCCGUCCUCAGUGGAGCCGAGGGGACAUGUGUUCUAAUGUUGUUCAGAUCCCCUGAAGUGUCUACUGGAUCUUCUCCAGAACCCUUAAAGAACCGAGUCCAGAGCCGGCUAGACCUGCUCAAACCCAAGGCCAGAGACAGAGUCAUUCGAUCCCAGUUUGCCUGCACAUACAAAGAUGAAGAGCUGCCGCUCAACCGUGUGCUGGAGUUCCCAAGUACCAGCCAGAUUCCCACCUGUGUGCACCCAGCACCUAAACUCAAAACCGCUCCAGCUGUGGAGGAGGAGUGCAGCUCUGGUGUGGAGAGGACAGCCACAGCCAAGCCAACCUCUGAAUGUCCAAAUAAGGAGCAGAGUGGUAGACAACAGGGGGCUGCUCUUGAGCCAAGAAGUGGAAAUGCCCAAAGCAGAGGUGCAGGCCCUGGCAAUAGAAAGAAAACUGGCAUUCAGGUACAGAACAAAGGCAGCAAGAGGAAGCAGGUGGAUUCUGACCAACAUGGAGAAUCAGAGAACCAGCCUCCAGAGAAGAAACGGCCCACUAGUGUCUCAGUCAAAAUGCCUGGUAAGAAUGUCAAUAAGGCCUCGAGUAAGAAGAAGCUGAUCGCUGGACAAGGAAAGCUAACCAGCUUUUUCAGAGUCUAAUCAUCAUUUGACAGUAUAUAGAAUGGAAUUCAAACAAAGCAGCUGAAUGUUGUGCAAUAGUUUUCUUCUAGUUCCACUGAUAACUGUUAAUGCUGCAAAUUUGAUUUUUUUUUUUUUUUUUUAAUUAAUCAACUAAAACCCUGAUUUUCCUAUUUUACCAAGAGUUUGAUGAGAAGUCUUCUCAAAGUGGGAGAAACAGCUAGCUUAGCUCCAGUAUAGCUGUUUCCCACUAGUUAGUUUCUGUGCUAAACUAAGCUAACCGGCUGCUAGCAUUAGCUUCAUAUUUAGCAUACACAUCAGGUUUUUGUUCAGACUAAACAAACAAGAUAACAGAUUUCAAUUGGUAGCUUUAAAGAUGAUGAUAGGGGGAUUUUGUUACCCAUUAAACAGAGCCAAAUAGCCAUUUCCCCCUAUUUCCAGUCUUUAUGCUAGCUAAGCUAAUUGCCUGUUAGCGAUAGUAUCAUUCUCUCAUCUAACUCUUGACCAUGAAAGUGAAUAAGCAUAUUUCCCAAAAUGUCCUUUAUUUGUAAAGUCUAUAAAAUGUCAGAAAAGGGCAGAAAAUAAUUUCCAGACCCAAUCGUGAUAUCUUUAAAAUCACGUUUUGUCCUACCGAGAGUUCAAAACCUUAAGAAAUCCCCUUUAAAGUUAACAGAAAAUGCAGGAACUGGCACUGUUUGUAAUUUCUGUUUGGUGAAUGACUUUAAUGAUUCACUGAUUAUGAAAAAUUGUUGUUUAAUUUUCUAUAAAUCUGAUUAAUCAUUUCUGCACUAGUUUAAGUGGCUCUUAUGCUGUGUGGAAAUCCGAGUGGCUACAACGUGAAUGGAUCAAUUUGGUCAGUAAACUU